AUGCGGCCACUAUGCCAUGAUGACGAGAGCUUGGCCUUGUUGAAAUUCAAGGAGAGCUUUACCAUCAAUCAGUCUGCAUCUGAUGAUCCCUCCGCUUAUCCGAAGGUUUUGUUGUGGAAGCCUGAAAGCGGCGAUUGCUGCAGGUGGCGUGGUGUCAAGUGCAAUGAGGAUACGGGUCAUGUGAUCAGUCUCGACCUCAGCAGCAGCUGUCUUUAUGGCUCUUUCAACUCCAAUAGCAGUCUCUUCCAGCUUGUUCACCUCCAGAGCCUUAAUCUUGCCAACAAUCACUUUAAUUAUUCUCGUAUCCCAACUGGUUUUAGACAGCUUUCGAGGCUAACAGACCUCAAUCUCUCUUACUCUGCAUUUUCUGGUCAGAUCACUUCAGAAAUUUUAGAGCGCUCUAACCUAGUUUUCCUUGAUCUCUCAUUCAAUUCUGGAUUGAAACUCCAAAAGCAUGGCCUCAGAAGUAUAGCUCAGAAGUUAACAAACUUGAAAGAACUAGAUCUUAGUGAGGUUGACAUAUCGUCUACUUUACCCAAUAUCUUGGCAAACUUAUCUUCUUUAACAUCUCUAUUACUAAUAGAUUGUGGUUUGCAUGGUGAGUUUCCCACAGGAAUUUUCCAUCUACCCAAUCUUUCGUCUAUUUGUGUGAGAUACAAUACAUAUCUCACCGGAAGUUUGCCGGAGUUUAACAGAAGCAGCCCCCUUGAAUCAUUGCAACUUCGUGACACGAGUUUCUCUGGUGAGCUACCAAAUUCAAUUGGUUACCUUGAGUCCUUAAAAUAUUUUGCUAUUGGUGAUUGCAAUUUCUCCGGGCCAAUACCAUCUUCAUUUGGUAACCUUACCCAACUAAUCUUGCUUCAACUAGCUAAUAAUAGCUUGCAUGGUGAGUUUCCCACAAGAAUUUUCCAUCUACCCAAUCUUUUGUCUAUUAGAGUGGGAUACAAUACAUAUCUCACCGGAAGUUUGCCGGAGUUUAACAGAAGCAGCCCCCUUGAAUCAUUGCAACUUCGUGACACGAGUUUCUCUGGUGAGCUACCAAAUUCAAUUGGUUACCUUGAGUCCUUAAAAUAUUUUGCUAUUGGUGAUUGCAAUUUCUCCGGGCCAAUACCAUCUUCAUUUGGUAACCUUACCCAACUAAUCUUGCUUGAACUAGCUAAUAAUAGCUUGCAUGGUUCAAUUCCACAGUCAAUAUCUAGGCUUAUGAAUCUUGAAAAUCUCCAUCUAUCUUUUAAUCACUUGAGUGGCACGGUAGAAUUUGACUUGUUUCUGAAACUCAAAAAUCUCAAGUGGCUCCAACUAUCCCGCAACAAUAUUUCAUUGCUUACAAAGCCAAGUACCAACACAACUCUUCCAAAAUUUGAAAUUUUAAAUCUAGCUUCCUGUGACUUGAGCGAGUUUCCAGACUUUCUAAGGAACCAAGAUGAGUUGGUGAUGUUGGAUCUUUCUGAAAACAAAAUUUACGGCCAAAUUCCAAAUUGGAUGUGGAAUUCAAAUAAAGAAACUCUUUGGACUUUAGCUUUAAGUUCCAACUUUCUCACUGGUUUUGAUCAAGUUCCAGUUUUUGUUCCCUGGACUAAUCUACGUGAUCUUGAACUUGAUUCUAACAACCUUCGAGGGUCACUCCCAAUCCCACCACCUCCCAUCUAUGCAUAUUCGGUCUCACACAACACAUUGACCGGAGAAAUCCCACAAUUGAUUUGCAAUCUAAGUUCAAUUGUUUUUCUUGAUGUGUCAAGUAAUUACUUGAGUGGCUUGCUUCCGCAAUGUUUAGGCAACUUGAGUGACUCUCUCUCAGUCCUAAAUCUACACAACAAUAGCUUCCAUGGAACUAUUCCCGAAACAUUCAUAGAAGGAAACAAAUUGAAGAUGAUUGAUUUUAGCCAAAAUCAAUUACAGGGGCGUCUACCAAGAUCAUUGGCCAAUUGUAUCAUGCUUGAAGUUCUUAAUUUGGGACAUAAUCAGAUGAAUGAUACUUUCCCUUUUUGGUUGGGCACUCUUCCAGAGCUGAGGGUUCUCAUUUUGCGAUCUAAUGGAAUCUAUGGUGCAAUGGAAAAUCCUAAUAGCAAUUUUGAUUUCUCAAAUAUACGUAUUUUUGACCUCUCAAAUAAUGACAUUGCUGGUAAGUUGCCCUCUCAAUACUUCCAAAAUUGGAAAGCCAUGCAAAUCCAUGAUGUUAAGGGUUUAAUAUAUAUGGAAACAAAUGGAAGUUUCUCAAAUGGAACCAUAUGGCAUCGCUCCUUCGCUUACUCAAUGACAUUUACUUACAAAAGCACAGAGAGGGAAUACGAAAAAAUCUUAGAUGUCUUCAUAGCUAUUGAUCUCUCUAACAAUAGUUUUGAAGGAGAAAUUCCAGAAGUUGUGGGGUAUCUAAAAGGACUUCAGGUGCUCAACCUUUCCAAUAACUUUCUUACAGGUCCUAUCCCUUCUUCCUUGGUGAACUUAACAAAUCUAGAAGUGUUGGACUUUGCUCAAAACAAGUUGUCUGGUGUGAUCCCUGUGCAACUUGUGCAACUCACGUUUCUCUCAUUCUUUAAUGUCUCCCAUAAUCAUCUCAUGGGACCUAUACCACAUGGAAAGCAGUUCGACACAUUCCCAAACAGCUCGUUUAGUGGUAAUUCUAAAUUAUGCGGAAGCCCUUUGUCAAAGAAAUGUGAAAAUUUAGAAGACUCACAGCCUCCACCUUCAACCUCUGAAAAGAAUCAAAACUCAUCAUUUUUGUUUGAAUUCGAUUGGAAAGUAGUUGUUAUGGGAUAUGGUUGUGGAAUCAUAUUUGGACUUGUUGUUGGACAAAUUGUAUUCACAAAGAAGCAUGAUUUGAUUAUGAAGACUUUUGCAAUCGGGCAGCCAACACGAAGAAGGGUGAAUCGAAGAAGAUACAGAAAUUAA